GCGGUUGUUGGAUCACGUUCCUCGUCGUGCCAUGCCGAGGGGGGGGGGAUACCGAGAGCCAACAAAACAUCAACCUAUUCAUCUCUACCUCCAUUUAGGUAUGCGAGUUCUCCUCAAACCUCAAGUCUCUCCCUCUAUCCUCUAAUAAACUUCUCCAACACAACAAAAUGAUUAUCUACGAGGACGUUCACUGCGGCGAUGAGAUGAUCUCGGAUGCCUUCGACCUCAAGUUGGUCGACGACAUCGUUUACGAGGUCGACGCCAAGAUGGUCACCAUCAAGGAGGGUGAUGUCGAUAUCGGUGCCAACCCUUCUGCCGAGGAGGCCGAGGAGGGUGCCGAGGACGGUGCCGUCACCGUCAACAACGUUGCCCACUCUUUCCGUCUGCAGAGCACUUCUUUCGACAAGAAGUCUUACCUCACCUACCUCAAGGGAUACAUGAAGAAGACCAAGGCUGCCCUCCAGACCAAGGCCGACGCCGGUGACGAGAAUGCCAAGGCCCGUCUCGCCACCUUCGAGACCGCCGCCGGUGCCUUCGCCAAGAAGAUGAUCGGAAACUUCAAGGACUACGAGUUCUUCACCGGAGAGUCCAUGGACCCUGACGGCAUGGUCGUCCUCAUGAACUACCGAGAGGACGGUAUCACCCCUUACAUGAUCUUCUGGAAGGACGGUCUCAGGGAGGUCAAGGUCUAAACGCCCGAUCACUCACAAGCCCUUCUGCCUAUUCACACCAAAAUCUAUCGCGGACUCACAUCUUCCCAUACACCAUUUUUUCCCUUGCCUCUAUACAUUUGUUUCAUCUUGUAUCUGGUCGAGUUGAGAUACACAACCUCGCUCUAGAUUGCAUGUAUAAACGCUAUACAUGUGAAUCUCGAACUUGUC